GAGGGAGAUGCGAUUGAUUGUAGGCUACGGCAAGAGAGCAGUUCGCGGUACGUCUGACCAACACACAAAGGGAUAUCGAGAAUCGCAACUAUGGGCGUCAAAUUAUAUUAUACCACCGUUACUGCAUCCAGAGAGGUGAAGUCUCAGCAGGCGGAGGUGAUGAGGAUCCUGGAGAGUAAGAGCAUCCAGUACGAGCUGAUUGACAUCUCAGUGGGCGGGGAGGUCAGGGACGAGAUGAGAAGCAAGGCAGGGAACCCCACAGCUGUCCCGCCACAGAUCUUCAAUGAGGACCAGUACUGUGGGAACUAUGAGAUGUUUUCGGACGCAGUGGAGGAGGACAAAGUGGAACAGUUUCUGAAGAUGGCGUGAUGAGGAAGAGUCGUGUGUCAUCGUCCCCCACCACACCCCCCAAGGGAGGCCCGUUGACUACCCCUCUGCCCCGCUGGUGGUGCCCGCCCUCCUUUGUCUCAAUGCAAUGAUGAAUGCCAAAUACAACCAACCAACCAAUGAAAAGGCGCACCCCUCCCCCCCUGCCCACCCCCCCCUGCUGGACUCUUACCUAACCACUGUUAAUAUGAUUGUUUAUGUUUUAGACUGCACGUAUUAUACUCCCUCUGUUUCCUUCGUCACUGUUUCCCUGUGUGGUCUUCCUGGUCAGGAUCUACGUUCAAAUACUUUUAAAUCAUUUCAAAUACUUAAGUGGUGCUUUUAUUUAAGCUUCACUGUUGCAAUUGAGCCAAUAAAAAAGGGCAAACCCUACCCACCUGGCACUCCA